AUGGUAACGUCCGAGUACAGCGAGUGGUUUAAGAAGAGGAUUAAUGAUAAUAUUCCUAGGCCAAGCUUAGAGAAUGCUCGACCUAUCGAGGAACAAUUACAAGUCGCCCCAUCAGAAUUGGAAAUUAUAAGGCAAUAUUUCGAGAAAAAGAGUUCAGAGCUUGGGAAGAAGAUCGAACAAUUAAAGGAAGAGAAGAUGCACUUAAGGUUAGACGCUGAUGUUCAAAGGUCAGAGGCUGAGAAGUGGAGAAAAGGAAAAACUAAGGUCGAAGAGGAUCUAGACAGCUUGAAGACGGACUACAAGAAACUGCGCUUAUCUAUGAGAACUGCGGAAAAGGCUAAUACCGAUCGGUGGGAAAGGAAAUUCCGAGAAGCUCAAGCACGAAACGAAGAUUUAGAGAAGAGUCUGUCAGAAAGUAGAAGUGAGCGAGGUGAAUUAAGGGCUAGAGUGGCGAAACUCGAGAAGUCUCUGCAUUACUACCGAAACCGCAACACCGCAAUAGAGUUGAGGGCAAGCUUGAGCAAGAUAGAAGAAAUGCAAGGAAAAAUAGAAGGGUUAGAGGCCUCACUGCAAAACUGUGAGAUGUGGGUCCAGUUUUUAGAAGCAAACGAGGAUCGUGGGAGAGAGCAGCUUCACCAUGCGCAAGACCAAGUCAGAAAUAGAGAUUACCUUAUGGGAGAAGCCAUAAACCAGAUUCGGGAGGUAGCGGACUACUUACAAACUUUAGCAGUUCAGGCGGACACACUGAGCGUGAAGUAUGAGUUGGAGUCGGAUUGCGGACAAGAGCUGGCCUUGUUGCUUAGAAAAAUUAGGACUUUGAGUAUUAGAGCGAAAUUUUAUUUGUAA